GGUGUGAAUGGAAAACAGCCGACACGGUUUGUGAUUUAUAAGGUAUAGUCUGACACUGCAGAAGAUCACAGACUAGCUGUAGAUCAGACACUACGCACAUGACGUACUAGUUCUUGAUAGCACUGAUAGUGAAAAUGCAUAACAUUUCCAUUAAUGAGGAAUUUAUAACACACCUAACAUUUGUUUCAUACGAAACAUUUAAAAGAACAGUCAAUGUUUUUUUGAAUAUGAUUAGGAGGUAGUAUACAAGUAUACGCCCACUUCUUGCAUGCAAUCUUGUGAGGAACGAGGAAGCAGUUUGUUGUUUCAGAAUCAUGUCCCCAGGGUUUGGCUUGCUAUCUUUUCAAUCGAGCAGACCAGGGAAAGCUAAUCGCGAAAAACCAACCAUUUAAACCAGUUUAGGGAAUUUUUAUUUGAUGUAAUCAUAUAAUGUUUAUAUUUAGUCUAUUGUUAUAUUUAGCCUAUAGUUGUACAUAAACGUAGGGUUAGACUUGAUUUAAGGUGAAGUUGAGAUCACUUCCAUACAAAUACUGAACUAAAUUUCCAUUUCUUUAUUCGUUUCAGGGUUAACGAGUUAAAUUUGCGUGUAUGCGCUUUCAAAAAACACUGAAAUAAAUACAUUGGAAGAACCAGACGCGGAUGUUGCUAAACACUGACCUCUGGUGGUUAAGAUGGUCACGUUUUAAUAAGCAGGAAAAGGAAUUUGCCGAAAUAAGCCAUAAAAAUGAUUAAAUAAUAUUCAGCAUUUUUAACAGAUAGGUAACAUAAAAGCAUACAUAAAAACAUAUUUAAACUUUCAUACGUUUCUGAAAUACUCCCGUGUUGUGUUGUCGUGGUGGUUGCCAUGACAAAUGAACACAUGAAGCUACGACUGGAGAUGGAGGCAACAGACUAUUGCUGCAGUUUCUAUUAAAUAACAGACGAAUCGCAUCAUCCAACAAUGUCAACCACUGUAUGCAGUCCACCCACCUUCCCUUUAGUGGAUAAACUCAACGAGGAUGAAGCAGAAAGAGAAAUUCUGCUUUGCAAACCAACAUGUUUCAUCAUCAUUGGAAAACCAGGUGUUGGCAAAUCUACUCUCGCUCGGAAAUUAGCAAUGACUUGGAAUUGUAUCCUCAUUGAUGAUACAGAUAUUCUCAAAAACCAUAUCAGGGAUAAAACAGAACAAGGUAUAGAGCUCUUAAAGAUUCUGGCUGAAGGAAGAGCCGCUCCAGAGGAGAUGAUGGUGAAGUUAAUUGUUGACCGGCUUGAGUCACCUGAUAUAGAACAUUACGGUUAUGUCCUGGCCUGUUUACCAUCUAUCUCAGAGGAAUACAUGAAGAUACGGGAGCAAAUAGACCUGAUCAAAAACCUCAAAACCCCUCCAGACUUCAUCAUUAACAUUAAGUGUGCAGACAAAGACCUGAUCCAGAGGCUGUCAGGUGAGCGUCAGCAUCCUGAGACAGGUCGUGUGUUCCAGACUGAGAAGCUGAAUGCUUUAAAGAAAGAAACUCUGAGGAAAAGCACCAACAUAGAGGAAGACGAAGAACCAGAAGAUCUGGAUGAAGAGAUGGAAGAGAUGGAGCUAGAUAAAGACUUGAUCACACAGCUUGUGAGAGUGAAAGAAAAUGAUCCAGAGAACGUCAACAGCAGAAUCAGGCUCUAUAAGAACAUCAUCCUCAGGCCUCUAGAGGAUUACAUGGCAGAGCAUAAUCCCCCAUACUUAAUUGAACUGGAUGGAAACAAGGACCCAGAGGAGAUCUUUAAGUCAGUGAUGUAUCGUUUGGAGUCCAUGGCUGUGAGAUGUCCAGCCGUGCCUGUGCGUUUGAUGACGAUGGAGGAAACCGAGCUAGCCUUUCAGAUGGAAAUGGAGGAGCUUUUAAGAACCUUGUCCUCUGGUAAGAUUGUCGCACCAGGCUUUAACUGGCGUAUGAGUCGAUGGUCCUCCACCUGUCCCGUGGCUCUAAAAGAAGGCAGGGUCAUGAAGGGCAGACCUGAGUUCUCCGUUAGCUUCAUGGAUAAGAUCUACAUCUUGUCGUCUCAGGAUGCUCUGCAGAAGUUCACGACAAACCCUCGACUGUACCUCCUGCGUCCCAUGCCCCAUCUGCCAUGCAGGGUGUCUGUGAUCGGGCCGCCUUGUUCAGGAAAGAGCACAAUGUCUGCUCUGCUAGCAAAGCAUUAUGGGGCUGUGCUGGUGGAUGUAGAGGCAUUGAUGGAACGAACCCUGGCUAUGUUCAGACGUGAUAUGCUGGAUAAAGCACGUCACAAUGCUACACUCACAGCCAUGGACCAGGUCAGAGCAAGGAUGGAGAUUGAGGCUACACUUAUAUCAGUAAAAACCGAUGAGGGCGAGUCUGAUGAAACAUACUCAGAUAUAGACCCAGUUGGUGAAGAGAGUGAGAAAGGAAUAGAGGUGACAAAAGAUCACCCAGAUAUUCAAGCUCUUGUGGAAGAAGCCAUGAAGGAGGCAGAACAAUCUCUAACCUCAGCUCCACCAGAGCUUUAUUUGGAGGCCCUGGAAAAGCUCUUUAGAGAGAUUGAGACUGAAAAUGAGGAUCCUGAACAUGAAAGGGGUUGGAUACUGGACAAUUCUGCCGGAUCACAGCUGAUCACCAUUGAGGAGAUACAUGGUGCUAUAGCACCUGAAGUCAUAUUCUGUCUUAAAGACAAUCAUGAGGAAGGAAUAACAAUCCUAACCAGGAUGUACGUGCAGAACAAAGAUGAGGUUGAUCGGGCUGUGCUGACUCGUCUACAAGAAGAACGUAAACUGCAGAAACCACAAGACACUCAUGAGACACAGAUACACAUUGAGGACACAAAGGAAGUUUCACAGCCCGCCGACACUCAGUCCAAACUCAAGACUGUACCUGAGGAGUUAGAUGAGACUUCUGAUAAGUCUAAUGAUAAAGGCCAAACUUCAGUUACAUUACAUUAUGACAAUGUGGUGCUGCCAAUGGUGUGGGAAAAGGGUUUUCCUGAAGGUCCAGAGAUGGAUGCCUUUAGAUUGCAAGUUAAGCAGUUUUUGAAGGAUUGGGAAAACAUGGAACAUACCCUCACCUGCAACUAUGCAGUACUGGAUAUCACUAACAAAACCUCUCAGAACAUCCUCCAAGAGAUGAUUCAUCAUAUGAAGAAGCCAUUUAAACACACAGCCAUGAAGAUGUCUAGUGUAGAGCUAGAAGAUGAAGAAGACAAUAUAAAUGCAUUGGCAGAGGCUGAGAAACCAGACUGUGUUGAGGAAGGGGAAGAAGAUGAAUCUGAGGUGGAGCUCACCUUAAAGAGGCAGUUGGGUGACACUAAGCAUUUUUGUCCAGUGGUGUUGAAAGAGAGGGGCACCCUAUGCCCUUGUCUAGACGAACAUGCUGCCAAAUACAGAGAGAAAGUCUAUUAUUUCUCCAGCACAGAGGCACAAGACAAGUUCAUACAGAACCCAGAACUCUACAGAUCAAACACAGAGCUACCAAAGCCACCUGCCCUGCGGGUCUUCAUGCUAGGAGUAAGGGGCUCGGGUAAGACCACCCAUGGGAAAUGGCUUGCAAAGCAGCUGGGUGUCUUCCACAUCCAAUUCAGAGAGCGGCUACAGGAGCUUAUCCUACGAAAGACCAAGAAACGCAUGUCACACACGGAUGAUUCUGAACCCCCUGAUGAACCUCCAGAGGAGCUUAAGACCCUGCUGGAGGCUCAGAGCACAGUAUCACCUCCUGACCUGGAAGACAAGCCUGGACAUGAUGAGAUCGCAUCUGAUGAGGCUGACAUAAAUGAAGAUCCAGUUUUGACCCAUGAUGAAGAGGCCAUAAAAGCAUACCUGCAGGAUGGAGAUCCUCUCCCACCAGAGAUACUGGAAAUGGUUUUAUUACAGUGGUGGGAUCAAGAACCCUACAAAUCCACAGGGUUUAUUUUGGAGGGAUUUCCUCAAAACCAUGAGGAGGUGUCCUUCAUGGUGGAGCGUCACUUGUUUCCAGACGUGGUGGCAGUGAUGUCAGUAGAGGUGGCUGAAGUGGUGCGGCGUCUUCUGCCUCCACGGCUCAUGCGUUGGAGGGAGAGGCGAGACCGCAGACGAGAACAGCUGCGUUUGGUCGCAAAGCUACAGCGAGAGCUGAGGGAGAAGGGCAUCACCAUGAGAAGAGCAGAGCUUAUGGCUGAGCGAUCUCUUAAAGAUCCCAGCUCAAGACUCCUAAAGCAUCCAAAAGAUGGGGAGGAUGAGGAGGGUCAAGGAGAAACAGAGGAGAUGAACGAAGAGGAGAUGGAAUGGGAGGAGAUUGAAGCCAUGCUGCUGGAGGAGUUUCCUCCUGAGGAAGAAGAGGCAGAAAAAGAGGAAACAGAGGAUAAUGCAAAAGAGAGGCUAGAGAUGGAGAUCAGUCAGAGGUUUGAGAAGGAUGACAACAACCUCACCAGUAUGAUGGAGUUUCUCACAGAGAACCAAAUCCCUCGCCUGGAUAUAAACACAGGCCGCUUGCCUCGGAUUGUAAGGUACCAGCUCCUACAGGCAGUCAAACCUCUGGUGGUGAACAGAGACUCUCUAUUUCUGAAAUGCCAGCCAAUCAGCUACAGUCUUGCUAGAAAACUACUGAACUGUUCCUAUAAAUAUCCCAGUGGCUUCGGGUGCUGGGAUCCUGUUAGGUACGCAGAAGGAGAUUUUAUCCAGCCUCCCCAGGGCUCUUCCAACACAUUCCCCAUCAUCCUGCAUCAGUUCAUCUACUUCUUUGCCUCCAAGGAGACGCGGAACACUUUCAUUCUCAAUCCAAUCAAAUACCUCCGUCAACCAAAACCCAGUCCUUUCCUGCCAAUCAGACUGGCCAUCACUGGCUCAUCCAAAGCAGGCAAAACCACAGUGGCACGGAUGUUUGAAAGUAAGUUUGGUGUAGCUCGGCUGUCCAUUGGGGAUGCGAUACGUACAGUGCUCAAAAACCAUGGCAGAACUGAUCUGAGUCAUCAAGUGCUGAAGCAUUUGAACCAGGGCCUGACCGUACCUGAUGAACUAGCCAUCAAGUGCCUUGAAGUGGCUUUGAUGAGCCCAGUCUGCAGCACUCGUGGAUUUGUGUUGGACGGCUUCCCUGUGACCAAGCAUCAGGCUGAACUGAUGGAGUCCUGCAGCAUUAUUCCUAUGCUAGUGACUGAACUCCAGGUAGACACAGCAGAAGUGCUGAGAAGAGGCCUGAAAGACAGGGAGAAAAAGAACAGGUCUUACCCAACACUCGACAGCCCACAGAUCCUAAACGUUCGCAACUCUUGCUUCAUGCGGGAAGCUGAGGCGGUCAGGCUUCAUCUCCAGCAGAAGUAUCACAACUGGAUUCCCAUUGAUGCUCGCAAGAGCAAGUGGUGGGUGUGGGAGAAAGUUUUAGAUGAGGUUGGAAUUAGCAUGGCAAACAUUAGUGCUUACCUGGAACGGAUUCACAAAGGCCAGGCAGCCAGUAUACACAGACUAUGCAUUACCCCACAAGAGCUGCAGUCUAGGCUGGGAGAGUUUGGGAAGCACUGCCCCGUUAGCUUGGCUCUCCAUCGCCAUCUGGUGGAUUGUUCCCAUAAUACCUCCCUGGAAUUAGCUGCAGAAUUCAGGGGCCGCUUCUACAAAAUGGCCACCAGAGAGUUUCUAGAGAAAUUUUUAGAGUCACCAGAGAAGUUUGUGCCUCCUGGCUGCCCCCACCCACUGCCCUCUCCUACACUGCUUCCCCAAAAACUGAGUGCUGGUCAGGUGAAGAGCCGAUUUCCUCAGCAAGUGGAGAUGAAGGGUUUUUGCCCUGUCACUUAUCUGGAUGGUCAACAGAGAUAUGAAGCUUUGGUACGUGGACAUUUGGAGUACGCUGUUGAAUAUAGAAAUAGGAUCUAUAUCUUUGAGAAUGAAAAGAAAGAGGAGCAGUUCCUCCGCUCACCUCAGAUUUACUGGGAUCUAAAACUUCCACAUAAACUACCUCCUUUGGAAGAUCCAGUCUCACUAACAUCUUUACCGAUCCAGGGCUAUUUGGAACAAAGUGUUGCCUUGUCUGUCAUCAAAGCCAUGACUGCAGUAGGAAAACUCAAGCCAAAGUUUCCUUUCCUCAGUGUGAAGAGAUCUGCUAUUUUGCAUCUGGCUUUUCUCCUGAAAGCAUUUAACAGCACGAACCCUGAUUAUAUUCGGGAAAAGUACAAAAGGAAACUUCAAGAGUUUGAGGCAGGUUGUGAGCUGCUUUCAUACCUGAGUUCCACUCUGAGCAAGUACAGAUCUCCUCAUUGCGUACCUCCAGAUGUAUCACAGAAGCUGGACAAGUUUCUGGCCAUGGAAAAGUCUAUUCAAACAGCCUCAGGCCUCAUACAGCUUGGGGCAUUUGGACAACAUGAAGUAGCCUUAUAAAAAUCUUUCUUUGAAUUUGAAGAUUUUGGCUGAUGUUAAAUCAGUAAGAUUUGCACUCAAACGUUUUGAGUAAACAUAAAAAAUAUUGUAUUCUGUUCAAUAAAUAAAAGGAAUGCAUGACCUUAAUAAAUAUAAUAAAUAUGCUUUAUCUUA